GGUUGGGCGGCUGGGUCCUCCGGGGUGUGGCCGCUCGGCGCUCCGCCCCGCGCCCCUCCUCUGCGCACUGCUGCCGAUUCCGGGGGUCGCUGCACAUCUCUACUCUGCCAGCAGCACACGCGUCCGCCGCUCCCCUGCCAGCUCCCGGGACCAUGGCCAACACGGAGCGCACCUUCAUUGCCAUCAAGCCGGACGGCGUGCAGCGUGGCCUGGUGGGCGACAUCAUCAAGCGCUUUGAACAGAAGGGAUUCCGUCUUGUGGCCAUGAAAUUCAUGAAGGCCUCUGAGGAGCACCUGAAGCAACAUUAUAUUGACCUGAAGGACCGCCCAUUCUUCCCUGGCCUGGUGAAGUACAUGAAUUCAGGACCAGUUGUGGCCAUGGUCUGGGAAGGGUUGAACGUGGUCAAGACAGGUCGAGUGAUGCUUGGGGAGACUAACCCAGCGGAUUCUAAGCCAGGCACCAUUCGUGGAGAUUUCUGUAUUCAGGUUGGCAGGAACAUCAUUCAUGGCAGUGAUUCAGUAAAAAGUGCUGAGAAAGAAAUCAGUCUCUGGUUUAAGCCAGAGGAAUUGGUUGACUACAAGUCUUGUAGCCAUGACUGGAUCUAUGAAUAA